AUGAGACUCGCCGACGACGUUGGCCUUCUCUUCAUCCAUGUAACUAUCCAACCAUACCUCGUCCUAUCAGCCCCACCUCCACUCACUUUUUUUUCAGUUCUGAGAAGUAACUCUCUCCCUCAGUAUAUCAGUUGCUCACUCAUUUCCUCUCUCACUGGCCCGUUCUCUCACUCACUCUCUCGCGCACUCUCUUAUUCAGAAUCGAACUCCUUGUCACAGAAAGGAAAUACAACACCAACAACAACCACAACCACUGAAUCUAAAUCAUUGUCACCUUGUCGCACGGUCACACACGUUUCAGCGUCACCUAACCCUUCUUCUUCUUCUUCUUCUUCUUCUUCUUCUUCUUCUUCUUCUUCUUCUUCGUCUUCUUCAUUAGCAACUUCAACGAUUUGCGCCCCGGGUGACCCUUCAAAAUUCGAAACCACCGCAGCUCCUGCCGUAAAUAUUGGAAUAAAUAAUACUGAGGACAGUGGAGAAUGUUCUCCCACUAUGACCAAUCAUAACAACUCCAACCACAAUGUGACUGCUACUGUCAAUUCGAGUUCCCUAGUUGAAAGAGUAGAGCAACACCGACGUAGCGACCGCAUCAGACCUUCGAGGAACACCCAGCAAAGGUCUCAACUCAGUGAUAAUUCAACCUACCCACAAGCUUUUCACACCUACCCGACCAGUAAACGCCAGACCCGCUCCGAACGACAACAACAACAACAACAACAAAACAUUCAAAAUAAAAACGAAGCUAAAAGCAACACCAUUGGUUCUGUAAAGACCCUGACUACAACUUCUGCACACAACACUAGUAAGGACGGAAACUUUAACAACACUGACAAUUCCCGCAAAAUUAACCUGACUGGCCCUGAUGGCGUGGAUUUAGCCUCUCUACCUAACAACACCGAAAACUUACGUUCUGAUUUUAUGGAUGAGAAAUGUGGAAGCUAUCAGGAUACGAAAAACGACACUAACUUUGUGUCAAAAACGGACUUAGAUACAAACGCAAAUAGUAAAGUUGAAAAUAAAGUUAACUCGGGCGAUACUUACAAUUCACCCCGUCGAUUGAGACGACGUCAAGGUGCGCAGCAGCGACCACCCGUCACGGAUGAAUCAAAUGAUUUUGCCAUGUCUCAAAGUCUAACACCGAACAUGAGUAGUGUGACAACUUCGACUAAUACUGCUAAUGAUUUUACAAAUAAUGAAGGCACUGACUAUAAAGAUGUUAAUGACCACAGCGCUGGGUGUCAGACCUCAACAACAGCCGACGAUAUAACGAAACUCUCCUCAGUCCCUCUUUCCUCUGCCGGCGAAAUGUCUGUAACGUCAACGCCGCCACCACCUCCAACACCACCACCGCCACCACCGCCACUACCACCUUCACCACCUCCUCUACCAACCUCACAUACACCACCUCCACCACCACCACCACCACCACCCUCAACAACAACCCCAACACCUGGAUCGGGUACCCUACCAGUUUUAACAAAUUUUUCUCAGUCGCUUUCGGCACCUGCCUUCUCUACUUAUUCCCCAACCCCACCAGUCCCACCCACUGCUUCGUCUUUGUCACUAACCCACCCGACCUCUUCAAAUUGUCCCUCACCCCCAUCCCAAUAUUCGCCGGAGUUAGGGAUCAGCUCCAGAAUUAACCUGAUCACUGAUCGACCACCAGCUCCAUCUGCCCUGUCGACUGCUCCGUUUUAUAAUACAUUCACCGCUAAUUCAGUUACAAAUUUCGUCGACUCGGACGUUAGGACCAGCGACACAAACAACAUCGCGGCUAACACAGCAACAACACACACAAUAAACACUACAACCAAUUCAAGUUCAUUUAUUGCAACUUUCAAUACGACUACAACCCCCACAACUCUAAAAACUAACGCAAAGAGAACAAAUACUUCGACCAAUAAUCGUACGCUGAACGAUUUAAAUAAUUUCACUAAUAAAAAUAAUCAUUUUAAUCGUGGUGUUUCAAGCAGAAACAUAUCCCCGACUCCUAAACUUGCUGCCAGAGCAAACAGCGAUAGCGAAGCCGUCAGUUAUACAGACAAUAAAUUCGCUACUAACGAAGAUAAUAUUAAGAUAGGUGCACCAGCAAGUCCUAUAAAGGCGUGUGGUUUCAGUACGGAGACAACAACAACAACAACAACGUCCGCAACUUUAGCCGUUGGUGCCGUGUCGACGCCCCAAACCACACCGGAGCGCACGACCCCAGUCAACUCGGCGGCAAAAACUUCUUCUAGCUGUCCGCAGGGGGCAACAUCUUGCCCUUGCUCCUGCGGACAAGUCACCUCACCUUCGUCCCCGACCCUGUGUCCCUCGUUGGCCGCCGCCGCCGCCGCUGCAGCUGCGGCGGCCGCCGCCACCUCACCCUUCGUGUUCGGCCCGGCUCCGUGUUGCUUUCCUUCGUUUCUCCCGCCGCCGCCGCCACCUGCACCCACCUCCACCUCCUCUUUCUCUCCUUCGCCUUCUUCUUCGGUCUCCUCCAGUAAUUCCUCUUCAAUAUCUACUUCUUCCUCCUCUUCUAAUUCGUCUCCGCCGCCUCCCCUUCCAUCCGCCGCCGCUUCCAUCCCGCUUCCCGUCCCUCCCCCGGGCCUCCUUCCUCCACCUCCUCCUCCUCCUCCGCUCGGUUGUUCCCCGCUCCCGCCACAUCCUCUUCCACUCCCUUUACCGUUGCUACCCUUACCCCUACCGCUGCCUCUGCCGAGUCAGAUUAUUACGGCUAGCAACGGGGGAGCCGCACACACGCAAAGUUCUGUGACCGCUGGGGCGAAACACCAUCACCACCACCAUCACCAUCACCCCCAUCACCCCAACAACAACAACAACAACAGCACGGCUUCGAUCAGAAUUACUAGCAGUAGCCGCGUCAGUAGCAGCAGCAGCAGCAGUAGCGGUGCUAACAACAACAACAAUAACACGGUGACGACGACGGCGGCGACGACGACGACGACGACGGGUCAGAGGCGUAAUAACACUGGAUUAGUCGGUGCUAUUGGAGCUGACGCCCUCUACAGCAAGAGUAUUCAUACUGGAUCACCACCAACAUCACCGUUAGCGCACCAUUACGGAACUACCACGACCAGUGGUACCCCGACUGGUAUCUUUACAAAUAAUAAUAAUAAUAAUAAUAAUAACCAGACCAGCGCAAAUUCUUACAACGGUAGUAGUGGUAGUCAAUUGACUGCUACGACGAAAUCUACCGUUGAUUGUAUCUUGAAAUCUACCACGACGACCAAUUUAACGAAUACGAAUAUGGAUAGAAGGAGUACAGUGCCGGGUGCGACUGUUGUGGCCGCAGCAGCGACUGUCACCCCGAAGACCAACUCCUCAAAACGAAACGGCUCCAACCGUGGUUCCGCAGGUUACACAAGUGUAACGUGCUCUUUGGAAGGUGCCGAGGAAUACUUAAAACCAAUUUAUCAGGAUGGUCAAGUGAUCCUUGAAGUAGAAUGUGGGCAGAAUAAAGCCCUUAUGUACCUGUCAAAAUUGUGCCAGGGCAGCAAGGGACCCUGUAUCUAUUUUCAGGGGUCGUGGCUGACCCCUAACGAAUUUCAGUACGUCAGCGGUCGCGAGUCCGCUAAGGACUGGAAACGUUCCAUAAGGCAUCAUGGGAAAAAUUAUGUUAUUAAUUUUUCUUUCUCUGUCGAUCGAUAUAACAUAUACGCCUCUCUUUACGGAAAACGAUUUCCUUUUCCCAUUUCUCUUUCCGUCAUUCGCUCCCGUCGACCCUGCCUGACUCUGUUUUCCUUAUUUCUUCUGUUACCCCCGCACACACCGAAUAGCCGUCUCCAUAAUAUUAAAGGCUUUCAAAUCGAAAACGAAAAACUUAGUUUCGGAAAUAUCUAUGUACAGAAUAUCAAAACAUUGUCGCCGACUCUCAUUGAUAGCGUCCGCCUUCCUUUUCUGUCCGUAUCUCCUUUUUUUUCUUUCUCUCUCCUCGACAAAUCGCUUUUCCUUGCUUCCUUCUUCUCCUUACUCUCCUUCCCACACUCGUUCAUCUCCUUUUCUUCAGUCUCACGUGCAAGUCGCCCGAGCUUUACAGAGAGAGAAAAAAAGAAAGAAAGAAAAAGAGUAGAAGUGAAGCAAAGGCGCCGACGGUGUAGAGCAGGGCAGGGGGCAGUGGCUGUGCGAGAGCUACAAUGUAUACAGACUGCAUGGCGUACUGUCGUAUUUCUGUACUCGUUUGACAAAAAGGGAAUUUACUUUAAGUUGUAUACCUUUUAUUUUGUUUAUAUCUAUCUAUCUAUCUAUCUAUCUAUCUAUCUAUCUAUCUAUCUAUCUAUCUAUCUAUCUGUCUGUCUGUCUCAGUCUGUCUCACUAUACACACAAAGAGAGAGCGGGGAGAGAGAUUUGGGUGUUUAUUGUUUACUAACGCGUCUCUCUCUCUCUCUCUACCUAUCUAUCUCUCUCUCCCUCCCUCUCUCUCUCACUGUAUCUCUCUACAGUACACCCACAACAUACCACGGCGAUGACGACUACAACUGGUUGCCCGCCCCCACUUCUUCCGCACCCCAACCCACGUCCAACUCCCGCUUCACUCGGCGAACUCGAGCCGCCGUCUCUCCACAAUCUACGGAAGUAGAUUGCCCGCCCUCCAUCUCUACCCCCUUUCCCUUCAAAUCUUCUCACUCUCGACCCAAUGAUAAAUACGCCUUGCUACGCACUCGCUAG